UAUAUAUGAUGGCAAUAAGUUCGUUAGGAAGCUGAAAGCUUCAAUCUAUUUCAGUUUCACCACUGUUGACGAAGAACAUCUCUUCUCCCAGUUUCUGCGAUGGAAGUUGUACAAUCGGACCCAGCCCAGGAUCCGGAAACCCGGUACGUUCGACGUUGCUGCUCGUGUUUCCCCACCUUCCGAUCAAGAAGCUCCGCAUACUCCUCCUGGGGAAGAAUUCGGAGCGUUGAUGAUAAUCACAGCGUUGACGAUCCAGCGUGGUGGAAACGGGCGGCUCUUAAGAUCCGAGAGUGGUCUGAAAUCGUAGCUGGUCCACGUUGGAAGACUUUCAUUCGCCGAUUCAACCGCGAUCCACGUCGCGGCCGCGAUUGGGACGCCAGCGAGAAGUUUCAGUACGAUCCUUUGAGUUACUCUUUAAAUUUCGACGACGACGACGAGGACGACGAGUACGUCGGUUUGGGUGGAUUCCGAAGCUUCUCCACUCGCUACGCUUCCGUUCCGGUCUCCUCAGGAAAAUCUCUGGCGGUUCCGCCGCGUAACGAGGUAUCGAAGAGUUAGUGGGCGCGUGUACGAAACGCGUUUGCGUUACUGGCGGCGGCGACGGAAAGGCUGUCAUGUUCGUUGACUGUCGCGUUAAUUGCGUUUCCUUUAAUUCUGUUUAUAAUAAUUAAAAAUACGAUCAACGUUGAAUUAUUUACUUUUCAUCUUCGAAUUAAUUUUUUCCAGACGUUUUGUUUUGUUUCUUUUUUUGGGGAUACUGAAUUUGAAACGGUUGAUGCAAUGAGGUAAAUUAGCUGUGU